AUGCAGUAUCCGGGGUAUAUUUCAAUAGAGACCAUAGGCAUGAAUUACGAGAAGCGCAGAAGAAUCGACCGAGAACGAGAUAAAUUAUCAGAGAAGAAUAUACUGGAGGUUAAAAUUGAUGGUAGAUCAUUUGAAAUCAAAAUACAUGACUAUAGAUUGUUGGAAAAAGGAAUGAUGAUGAAUGAUAAACUUAUUGAAUUUUAUUUGGUGCAUAUGCAUAGUAAACUAAGUGAUAAGGAUAAAGAUAAGUCAUAUGUAUUCAGCACACUUUUCUACACUAGCUUAACAAAGCCAGUUUAUUUAUGUACAGAUGAUCCAUCUUUAUCUCGUUCUAAGAAUAGACACAAUAAGGUAAAAAGAUGGACAAGGAGACUGGAUGUAUUCAAAAAAGAUUUUAUUUUCGUACCAAUACACAAAGGGGGUCAUUGGAUCCUGGCUGUUAUAUGUUUUCCUUACCUAACAGGUAAGGUUCACAUAGAAAAUGGAACACCAAGUAAUGAACCUGAUGAUGAUACUGGUCGAUAUAAAGUGUCAUUUCCACCAGUAACUUGUGGACUCGAUGAAGCUGAUCCGAAUGUAGAAGAUCUUUGGCUGUUUGAUUUAUGUUCACAGAAAAAUCAAGAUAGAUACGAUAAAUAUUAUGACGAUGUGGAAGUAUUAAAAACACAAAAAAAGAAUAAACUAGUUAAAAGGCCUUGCAUUUUAAUAUUUGAUUCAUACGCCAGAAGUACAAUGUCAAACGCAAUGGUUUCAGCAACACUACGAGAAUGGUUACAGCAUGAAUAUUCUAAUAAAUACAAUGGCCAACAAAAAGACUUUCAAUUUAUGAAAGCAUGUACAGUCAAAGUACCUCAACAACCUAAUCAAACGGAUUGUGGUCUUUUUGUAAUGCAUUUUUUUGAAAUGUUUUAUUCUCGGCCAAUUAUUGAUUACACUUUUCCAAUUCAUCACUUGGAAAAUUGGUUCCAUACUGAUGAGGUGGUCAAGAAUGAGAAAAAAAGAAAAGAAGUUUAUAAUAUUAUAAUGGAAGAAAGAAAAGCGGAACCAUCAUCUGAUGGUUUUGAAUUGCCAGUUCUACAUUUGAAUGACCACAUUGAAGAAUCUGUUGACAUUCAUAAUAUGAAUGUUUUGUUUGAAAAAAAUGACAAAAAAGAAAAAAAAGAAGAAGACAAAGAAGAAAAAGAAGACAAAAGAGAAGAAGGCAAAGAAGAAAAAGAAGAUAUUCUGAAGAAGAAAACAUUGAGAAGAAAAUUAGACUUCGGCGAUGAAGAUAAUUUUUCUUCGUCGUCUACUUCUUCUGACAAUGAAGAAGAAGAUAGUGAUAACAAUUAA